AACCCCUAAUUAAAUUAUGUCAUACGUAAUCUUUCUCAAAAAUAUUAAAAUUAUCCAAUAAAUAAAGAAACCCGGAAAACAUUUUGUCAAGGAAGAGCGGGAAACUAUGCACAGGAGAAUUGUAGUUUCGAGAUCGGUUGAGGAGGUUUCAGAAGAAGAUAACGCCUUGUCCAUCUCCGAUCAAAGAACUCUCUAUCUCGUGAACAUAUUCAUAGUGGACACAGCUCGUUUCCUGAACAGGUUCUCGGCCCUAUGCGAACAAAAGCUAGCUGAUGUUCACAGGAGAAUACUGCGUUUAGAUGCAACUCUCACACUUUUGGAGGCCAAACUGAGGAGUAUAGAUGGAAUUGAAGAAAUUAAGGAUGGUUCAAGAGUCAAGGAGCGCUGUUUUGAGUAUACAAAUGGAAGUUGCUCCUCUGCCGAAAGAUCCCAUGAGCCGACAUAUGGAUCGAUAAUGACCUUGAGUGAAAGUCAUGCCCCACAGCAGACACCAUCAACAUCGGUACAACCUUCAACACCCAGCCAAAAUCAACCUCCGUUUGAUGAUGAUCCAAGGCUAGCAAGGUUUUGCCGUAUGCUUCAUUUUGGGGUCCCAGAGCAGUUUCCUACACUUCAAGGAAUCUCCAGCCAUCAGAUUUCAGAAAGAGACGGAUGGGGUGUGUCUCCCCACUGCUCGAAGACUGUCAAACUCCAGCCAUCCCUUGUUAACAACUGUGGGAAACUUCAAUGCAGGCAUCGUAUAUGAAACCAAUUAUUUAAUGGGAAAUUAUGCUAUGCCGCACCUUGUGUAUGUUGUAUAUGGUGAAAUUAUGCUAUGCACCCCUAGCAUAUGUUAUAUAUGUGCAUCAAAGGGGUAUCCUGAUAGUGAUCAAUUGUACUCCUUUCUCUUAAUAGAAUACAACAGUUAGGUAUCCUGAUGGUGGAAAUUAACCUUUGUUGGACCGACUGGGACAUUCACCAUCCAUCACCAUCACUGUCACCAUCUGUCAUUGGGAAUGGAAGGUGGAUGCUUCUCCGGUGUGCCAUAUACAACAGUACCAUGCAACAUUUUUUAUGGUGUACUUCCCUUAUGUAAAAGCCUCAUAUUUGGAACUAUCUGCUCUUGUUUCAGUGGUUUCAUUUUCUUGGAUGAGUGAUUGUAUCCCUAUAU